AAGUAAAAAGUUUUCGUGACACGAUCGUUACGAACUGUCUCCUUUCCAUUCAGUUUACGUCGAAAUGAUGGGUGAUUAUUUUUCCGACCACGGCGAUGACGACACCGAAAACGACGAAACAUCUGAUAUUUGGAAUAUUUCAGAGAUUUCCAUACCCGAUUCGCCUGGCGAGAGGACAUUCAAUAUUGUACCAAAGACUCGAUCGAAUUUCGCAGGAAGAUCAUGUGCUGGUGAAGAACUUCAAAAGGUUUCGGGAAAUGAUAAUUUGAUAACGAAUAGUUCACCAAGUGUCCAGGAUAUCUGUGAGUCUACAAAACCGAGACACCCUAGGUUACCAAUAGCUCCAAUUCUGAAGUACUACGAAAUACUUGGACCUCCGCGGAUUUCCGCCGGGCAACGCAGCUUUGACAACCAAAACAUAGAAGACGAAAGUGAAUCUGAUAAUGUACAUGUGUCGCCUACAGCAGACGCUGUGUCAGUUCGACGGAACGAAACAUUGACUCAAACAUCAAGAAAGGCCAGUCAAACUUCGGAGAAACUUCAACAUUCGAGAAGAAUACUAACACCAGAUAUACUUCCGGGUCUUGAUAAGAUUCCAGAGGAAGAAUUGUAUGAAUCCCAUGAGAUUGUGUCAAUGGUACCCGUUACUAGUUCGCCUACCAAGGACAACAGUGAAACACUGACAUCAUUCAUGGGAAUCAAAUUAUUGGGGAUGUCCAUGGAGUGAUUUUAGGGGCGCAAACGACCUGUUGUUAAAAAUGUUAUUUUAUUGUACAAGUAAGGCUCACAUAGAUUAUUUAUGGUAAAUUUUGUAUAUUUAUUUGUAAAAUUCGUGGAGUCUAUCGAUAUAGAGAAACAGAGAAAAGAAAUCAGUAGAAAAUUCACUUUUUGUGUGAAAUAAACAUGUACAUGUAUAUUAGAAUU